AUAUUUCUUCAAGUCAAGAUCCUCUACCCGAAGUCGACUUAUGAAGUGUUGAGGCGACGGUAGACAACCCUUUCUUCACAUUUCGUUGGUUUCGGAUUAUACCGGUUAUGCUCAACUAUUGUCGUGGAUGUGUGUGAAGUCGGAGUGGAUAAAUAGGCCAAGUAAAAAGUUUAUCCGGUUGUCUAAUUAAGGAAUUUCUUUUUAUUUUCAGCAACUACAAGCAUUCCGCUAUUUCCUGUAGGUCCAGUCGGCUUUUAGGCUAUUUCGUAACCUAAUUUUCUCGAUGCAGGGACAAGCUUCUAUUUUCUUAUUUUUUGCAUUUGUUUGACUUAGCCUACAUCUUUCGGAUGUUUGUGGAAAGACUUUUUUGGGAAUGAAACUUUGUUCUGAAGCUUUCAUGUAACUGUGUCUUCGAGUUCACCCCUGCGGAUUUCGCUACCGGGAUAAGAAGGACUAAAACGUAACUUGUUGUAAAUGGAUCGUCAUUCCAGUUUCAUUUCCAUUUGGCUACAAAUGGAACUCUGUGCCAUGGCUGUUCUUCUUACUAAAGGAGAAAUACGGUGUUACUGUGACGCCCCCCACUGCGUGGCCACUGGCUACAUGUGCAAAUCGGAACUGAACGCCUGUUUCACAAAGGUGUUGGAUCCUAUGAACUCGAACUCUCCGCUCACGCACGGGUGCCUAGAACCCAUAGCGAACGCCGCGGAUGUAUGCAGUGCUAAGAACACAGACGCACUAAGUAGGAGCUCUUCCACGCUAGAUUGUUGUCACGACGACAUGUGUAACUACAGGGGCCUUCACGACCUUGCGCACAGAGAAUCGGCAGACCACGGCAGGUAUCAGCCAGAUAACAGCAACCGAAACCUGGUCACGCGCGUACAGGAGCUGGCCUCCGCCAAAGAGGUGUGGUUCCGGGCAGCGGUGAUCGCGGUGCCCAUCGCCGGCGGCCUCAUCCUGGUCCUCCUCAUCAUGCUGGCGCUCCGGAUGCUUCGCAGCGAGAACAAGAGGCUGCAGGAUCAGAGGCAGCAGAUGCUUUCGCGGCUCCACUACAGCUUUCACGGCCAUCACACCAAGAAGGGCCACGUUGCCAAGUUGGACCUGGAGUGCAUGGUACCCGUCACGGGACAUGAGAACUGCUGCCUCACCUGCGACAAGAUGAGGCAGGCCGAUCUGGGGAGUGACAAGAUAUUAUCUCUGGUGCACUGGGGAAUGUACAGUGGCCACGGGAAACUGGAGUUCGUAUGACUUCCUUUUCUAAGUUCAUUUGACUUGACUUGUAUCACCUGCCCUGACCCCCCCCCCCACCCCCCCUGAAAAAAAACAGCCAAGACUGCCUCCUCUUCUCGUUGGGGUUUCUCUUUUUACUUAAAAAAAAUGAAUGAAUCCCACUUAUUUUGUCCAUUGUGUACUUAAGUUUCUUUUCAAUGGAGGACUAAAAACAAAGAGGUUGGAACCGAAUGCAAGCCUUGUGGUUUUUUGCUAAAGGAGCACUUUACUUGAAAAUGAAAGGCAAACCAACGAGGAGCUGUAUUUAAACUUGAGAGGACAGGACUGACUGAGGGACUGAGAGAGCUCUGUCAAAACCCUGUCUGACUGUGGAUCCUGGACACAUUGAGCGCUGAAGGAUUCCAAAUCUGUCUUAUUUGCACAUUUGUAAAAAAUUAUAAUUUGUUAUUACAAAUAAAAGUUGUUUUUGCUUAAAAACAAAAGCUAAAUAGAAGAAUUUUACACUGACACCAGGGUACACAAACUGACUUCUUGAGGAGUAACAGAAUUCAGCGUUGACUGUAGAUGCACACUCCUGUGUCUGUUUCCUGAUUCAAGCUUAUUGUAAAGAUUUCAAAUAUAUAUAUUUUUGUCUGAAAGAA